CUGCGUAAAAAAAACAAAGUUAAUUGUGUUUUGUAUUGUGUUUUAAUGAAGGUAAUGGAAAUUGGUUGGUAAUUCGUCACGGCCUAUUUAAAUCCGGCCCCUUACACGUCACGGAAGAGGUGUUGCCUUUCGUGGUUAGAUAGAGAACAUCCUGCUGAGUAUAUGUCAGUAGCGAAAAGGAAGCCGGCAUCUGUGACACUAAAACUAACUCCACCACAUUAUCGGUCUUUUUUUUUUUUAGGGGGGACUAUUGGUGAUUUUAGGAUAAGUUUCAGGGUAACUUUGAGUGCGCACAAUGGCUGAAAAGAUAGACAUGGAGGAAGGGAAGGCAUCCAACGGCGAGGCUCACCUCGAUGAGCCGCUGGCCAAUGGACUGAACAGCCCAAAGAAGAGCAGUACGGAGCCGCUGUCCGAGCGGGUGAAGAGGAUAGUGCUGGCAAACCUGCUGGUGAUUCUCACCGUGGCCGGUGUCAUCAUCGGUGUUUUUAUUGGACUCGGUGUGCGCAACGUGGCACUCACCCGGACCCAGGUCCUCUACAUAGGUUUCCCCGGGGAGCUGCUCAUCCGCUUGCUAAAGAUGAUUAUCAUCCCCUUGGUGGUCUGCAGUCUGGUGUCCGGGGCGGCCAGCAUCGACCCGAAAGCCCUGGGCAAACUUGGCGGCUGGGCUAUGCUCUUCUUCCUCGUCACCACCUUGAUUGCCUCGUCCAUCGGGGUCGUGAUGGCUUUCAUCCUCACUCCUGGUGCUGUGACAGUCGGGAAACCCACGGUACAAGGCUUGGAUGAAGACGUUCCUGCCGCAAAAGAAGUGAUAGACUCCUUCUUAGAUUUGAUCAGAAACAUCUUCCCCUCCAACCUGGUGUCAGCUGCCUUUCAAUCAUAUGCAACCAGCUACAAGCUGGUUACAAAGAACGGCACAGAUGGAAACCCUAACAUCACAGUGGAGAGGGUUCCCUUUGGAACGGACCAGGAUGGCAUGAAUAUUCUUGGUCUGGUAGUGUUUGCCAUUGUGUUUGGUGUGGCUUUAAGAAAGCUGGGAGAGGAAGGAGAGAUCCUCAUCAAGUUCUUCAACUCCUUCAACGAGGCCACCAUGGUGCUGGUCUCCUGGAUCAUGUGGUAUGCCCCUCUCGGUAUCAUGUUCCUUGUAGCUGGCAAGAUUGUUGAGAUGGAGGAUGUUGGCACACUGUUUGCCAGUCUGGGAAAAUAUAUAGCCUGCUGUAUCAUUGGACAUGCCAUCCAUGGCUUACUUGUGCUGCCCGCCAUCUACUUCAUUAUUACAAGGAAGAACCCAUACACCUUCCUCUGGGGGAUAUUCACAGCUUUGGCAACGGCCUUCGGAACAAGCUCCAGCUCUGCCACCCUGCCUCUGAUGAUGAAGUGUGUGGAGGAAAAUAACGGCGUAUCCAAGCACAUCAGCCGUUUCAUCCUUCCCAUCGGAGCGACAGUCAACAUGGACGGAGCUGCUCUCUUCCAGUGUGUGGCUGCAGUUUUCAUCGCUCAGCUGAACAACGCUUCCCUUAACUUCAUCCAAGUCAUUACCAUCCUUGUGACAGCUACAGCAUCCAGUGUUGGAGCAGCAGGUAUACCUGCUGGUGGAGUGUUGACCCUAGCUAUUAUCCUGGAGGCAGUAGGACUUCCCACCAAUGACAUCUCUCUCAUCUUGGCUGUUGACUGGCUUGUUGACCGUACCUGCACAGUGCUGAAUGUAGAGGGCGAUGCCUUCGGCGCUGGGCUCUUGCAGUUCUUUGUCGACCGUACAUCCAAACAGGAAGGAGGAACAGAGCUGAGCGAGGUCAGGCUGGAGGGCAACCCAACUGCUGCUGAACCCGAGCACUCGCCGCUCAUUGAGAAGCGAGGCGGGAGGGAAGAAAAAGAGUCUGCCAUGUAAACCUGUUGAUGACAUCAUCAAGAACUCCCUCACUUAUCUGACACUCCUGCAAGUUGAAACCUGAGGUUCAUGCCCCCUUUCCUGUUUUUUUUUUUUUUAUUUUUUUUUAUUUUUUUAUUUUUGUGCCCUGAAGUAAAGAGUGCAAGGAGAGAGACUGGACAUGCACACUACAAUGCAAAGAAAAGCCCUCUGUUCUAAACACUUUUCUGAGCGGGAGAGCUAAGAUGUCCUAGGAGAAAUUCAAAAUCCAUAUUAUGCACAAUGACUUUGGUUUUCUUUUCGAAGGAACAUUAUUGGAGGUUAGUCUAGCAGCUUUGUUGGCUCAAACUGAUGUUGCAUUUAGUCGGUCCUCACUAACUUUAAAGGCAGAAUUUUAUCGUGAUCAAGUGUGUGUCUGCCAGGUAUACAUCAGUCACAUCAGUGUAUCAUGUGACCAAUAUAUAUACAUCCACUAGGAUGUCAAGAGGCUAGACCAGUGACCCCCUGCAAGACCUCCUCAGAAACAUCAGAUCUAAUGUUACAAAUAUAAGAAACGGUACAUUCAUUUAUGUGAAAAUGAAAGUUAUACAUGGGUGUGUUCACCUAUUGGUCUAUUGUCACCACCUUGCCAGAUCUCAUUUAUCACUGAUCCUGCAUUUAGCAAACCUCUGGUGGUCACCACACUAUUCACUAUUAUUAUUAUUAUUAUUAUUCAAUAUCAUUUUAAUCAAAGCUUCCAGGUGGAAAACAUGAACAUUUCUGACUUUAAAAAGUUGACGAGGACAACUCUACAGCGUUAUGCACCCGGUCUGAAUUAGCAAGACAGUUUUCAUAUUCUUCAUCUGGAAUCUAUUACCUUCAAAAUGUUUUUGUUACUGUCACCUUUUUUUGUUUGUUUUUGUUUGUUUUUUUAAAUGUCAGAUUUCAAUCUUCCCUUUUGAAGAAAAUAACAGAGACAUCGUGUUGUAAACUGUAUCGUUAUAUACUGCAAAUUUUAAAACACGUGUAUUUUAUUAUACAUGAUUAUUGCCACUUUCAUGCAGAUUUCAUCUUAAGUUUAUAAUGAAUAUGGCUAUGGUGAUGUAUGAUGAAAUGCACAAACACUUGUUAUAAUCUUUAAUGGGGGCUGAAGGCUUUUUAGUAGUCUUAUUGUGUCUUUGGUUAUACCCUUAGACUGUAGUGGUUCUCUUGUGUACAAUGCCUUUCUCAUGGUGAGGAAAAAAAAAACAAUAUACUUGUAAAACCUGUUCUCAAGAUAUAGAUUUCACACUCCAAAGCACACCAAAUGAGUUAAUCUCCUCGAUAACAUCCCAAAGCUGAAUCAAGGACCUUUUUCUCUCAAGGACUCACAAUAUGUCAUCAUGCAUGGACACACACACACACAGAUUGACCUCCAAGCAUCUCUGCCUCUUCAGAUGGACAUCAGUGCUAUGGCAGGCAGCAUAACCUCAGGUUUACCUUUUUGCUUGAAGACUGUCCUUCAGCUGCUCCUUAAUACCCUAAGACCAAAAAUCACACUGACUCAGCAAACAGGAAGGAGACUGUCGAACUCCUGAUUACACUGAAUGACUUUUCAAGGGAGAUUUUUUUAAAUUAUGGCCUACAUUUUAUUCAUGCUGUUGCUCUGUGCAUCUUAACAAGGUACAAAUGGGUUUUAAAGCACAGUGUGUGACAAGCAUUAUUGACUGACACUGUAAUACCGUGUGUGAUUACAUGUGAUGUAUACGUAACAGAAUCCCUUCCACUACAAAGAUGUCUCUACAUUGUCAAAACAGCUGCAGUGGAUUGUUGGUUAGUUGUGUCUCUUGAGGCCUGAACACCUAAAGGACUUAAGGGUACACAUGUCUCAAUUGAAACCUAUUCAUUUUUUUGCUGUAAGGGCCAUAAACAUGGAAUACUAGUUAUCUGGGCUUUAGGCCACCUUGUAUGUUUUAUAAAUAUUUGUUUUAAUUCAUAUUUAUUUCUCUAAUCAAAACCCAAAGAUUUUUUUAGCCAAUGACAUGUUGACAUGUUAGUAACUCCAAAAUGGCUUUGUUUGCCAGCUUCUUAUAAUGGCUGAUUGGUGAUAGUCUUUUAUGUUUUUUUUUUUUUUUUUUUUUUUUUCCCUUCUGUCUGAUUUUCAACUAGUGGGUGAAACUCUAAACUGUAUGUAUACUAAGUUCUUCCAUUUGGUGAAUUUCUUUUGCAGUUUGGCAGCGGGCAUUUUGGAAACUUCAAGACUUGAGAAUAGCAGUGAUGAUAUGUAUUGGUUGUACCCUUACUGUCCUAUUUUCAAAUGAAUAACUGUAAAAUUGCACUAUUGAAUGUUUAUCUCCUCCAUCCACAUCAUCUUUAACUGUUUAGAAGUCUACCAAAUGACUGGGACAUAUGCUACUAAUGGUAUAUACAACGUUUUAUGAGGAAUAUCUUUUCAGUGGGUGUUUUUUACUUAUCAGCUUUAUAUUGCACUAGUUUUGCAGUAUUUCCCAUAAUGGUCAUCUAUGAAAUCAUUGCAUUAUCUCCAUAGUCUUAUUUCACUAGUGCUAAAAAAUUUAUCACUGCCUUAAAACUAAGCUAUUGUGCUCCAGCUUCGACCUUAUGCUGUUUUGGUGCAGGGUUAUAAAGAGGUUAUCAUUCCUUUUGAGAUAUUUCACCAUAUGGAUGUCUGUCUGACAUCAUACUGUUAUGUGUAUGUGCAUGGUAGUUAUUACAGUGGGGCUAGGUUUCAGAGAAAUUUUCCAGUAACAAUCUGAAUGUGCUGUCUCAAGGUUUUAAACAAUAAAGUCCUUUUUUUUAUGAUU